AAGGUGGAUAAUUAUUGAAAGAUGGAGUGAGUAUAUUGUUACUCAAUUGUGAAAGAAGGGAGUGAUAUUUAUCCAAAAACUAAUGAUUUUAUAAUUUUAAUAUGGAGCCGUGGGCUAUGAUGAAAGUAGUGAACUGAUUCUCGGAUAAACCAAACGCAGGGAACAAUCAGAUCGAAGCGAAAUGGCCUAGCUUUCUUUUUCCCCAACCGGAAAUUGACAGAUUGAUUCAUUUCGAAGAAAAAGGAAGUCUUUUUUGCUACUUUUCCUUAAGAAUUCGCAGAUCAGAGAAUGGAGGCAAAUAUGAUCACCCCAGAGGAAAUUCACAGUGUUCAGUUUUUUCAUCAUAUCAGCAUUGAUUACUUGAACAAGAAACGGAAACUUCAAGACGAACUGCUAGUUAUGCCUUUGUGGAAGCAUGCCUGCUGGGAUUAUAGACUUGUAAGUGAGUUUCCUUCUGAUUCGACCAUCGAUCUGAAGAUGGUGAGGGGUAACAUUUCUGCACGAGGAGUUGAAUCCGGACCAGAUUCUGCAAGCAAUAGCUAUUGCUUUCCUAGUGACACUGACAUGUCCAUGUCUUCACAUGAUGAUGCUAAAACUUAUCUUUCGUACCCAAUAGCACAUGCAUCUGCCAAAAGUUGCGCUUCAUCUACUCUUUCAGACGGCAAGUUUUCUCAGAUUGGUCUCUAUUCUUCAGAGAACAGUUCGAUGCUGAGAAAAGAAAACUCGGGUAAAUUUGAGUCACCGUCCAUCUGUGAAGACCUUAAAUGUCUGUAUCACGAAUAUGGUCUGGAUCUAUCUGAAAAUUACAGAGUUCAUCUCCUAGAAUGUGGAAGUGAUUGCGGCUUCUCAGAAUACCAUAAUGAGGUCAUAGAGGGAUGUGUGGACGAGGGUGUUGAUAAUCAGCUCUACUCAAACGAGGCCACUGACUGUAAUUUUGUUCUUUCAUCUGGAAGGUGGUCUGUUAAUCAAGAUAGUCAAGAAGGGACAAGGAAACCUACUAUUGAUCAGGAGUUUGAACAGUACUUUUCGGCACUUAUGCUGUAAUGUAAACAGGAAAUGUUUGAACAAUUAUGUUUGAUGUUUUUUUAAGUUAUGCUUAGUUUGAUAUAUAAAGCUUUACUUUUUCUCUUU